AGCUUCUCUCUCAGGCACCUGCCUCAUUGUAAGGUGCCUUAGACGUGAAAAAAGGUCCGUCCACGCAGAACCUAGGAGGAAAAGCGGGUGUGUUUUAUUAUGGCUUUGUCGAAUCGCGAUUGUUCACAAGCCUGACAUUUUGCAUCGAGCUCGCCACUCGCACGGUGCCAAGGCCUGGUGAGGGGAGAGAUUUGGGGUGAUUCCUCCUCGCGGCAUCGCCAUCACGACGUGUGAGCUUGCCUGUCAUCUAAAGGCCGAGAGACGGACAGAGAGAAACCGGCCCACCUCGACUUUUGUACGCUAGAGUCGAGUCGAGCAUGGCUGCCGUGACAGCAUCGCCAUCGGCCUCGUCAAUAGUUCCCGCCCAGCUUGGGUUUCUGUCGAUUUACAAUCCCAGCCUCGGCGCUACAGACGAGACGAUUGAUGAUCAAAUUGUCUACUACGCCUCGGUCAGCACCCAGACGGGACAGAAGCGCCGUCGCCACCGCUACAAUGCCGCCCGUCCGACGGAGAAUCUCUCCAAGGAGGAGCGCAACGAGCGGCUGCGGCACAUCGGCCUGGCCCAGGGCAUGGUCGAGUUCGGCAAGAGCUUCUCUGGCGGCAUGUCGGUCGACACCAUCGACACCGAGAGGUCGCGUGUCGUGCUUCACGAGCUGGAGCCGGGAUGGUGGAUUCUAGCUUCCAUCGACCUCACUCGUCUGCCCCUUCCGCCAAGUAGGAUAGCUAGCACAUCACCGCCUGUUCUCCCGGGCCGGGGGCAAGCUCCCGAGCCGUCAAAAGAACUCGACGAGAAGUUUGAGUACUCUUCUCGCGAGGUCAAGCCAGCUGCGCUAUUACUACAGGACUUGCUGCGGGCGCAUUCCGUGUUUCUGCUCCACCAUGACAGUUCGCUUUCGGCCUUGUUCGUGCGUAGUCAGCGCGCCAAGUUCGCUAGCGUUCUAGAUCGGUACUGGGACCAGUUCCUGACGAGCUGGAACGUGCUCCUCCACGGAAAUCCGGCAUGCAACGUGCUGGGCGGUAUUAAGAUUGCGGCUUGCGGCGAGCUGGGAAUCGGCGUCGGCGAAGAAGAGCGAGGCAGCGGCGAGCGCGAGGUCCUGGAGAGUCUUGUCAACCGCGUCGAGGGCCUUGUGGACCUUGUCGUCAGCAAAUUUGGGGAGGACAACCUUGCGAUUGGGGAGAAAGAGCCUGCUGCCGGAAAGGGCUUGAAGGGUGAUUUACCUUCUGAUGACGAUGAGUCGUGGCUCGGCACCGGGAACGAGACCGGCGCUGAAGACGGUGCCGUGUUUCUGGGCAUCGGUGCCUUAUCAAAACAUUCUCUCAGGGGCAUCACGAACUGGAUGGAAGACAUGUACACCUGGGGCGAUAAUGCCUAUGGCGUGACCGACAGUCCGACGGCGACAAGGUCACAGAUGAGGAAUAAAAGGACUCCCAAGCGUGGUGCUGUCCCACCACAGCCACUAUCCGCGGGUGACUUGCAACAGAGCGCGAAAGCGCAGCCUGGGUCAGCCGAUUCCCAGGCCCCCAAAGAUUCCCAAAAUAAGGACAAACGUAAAGUGGGAUCAUCUGAGGCUGUAGCCCACUCUAGUCAUCCGGAAGAGAGUACGGAGGCUUCUGGAGGAGGCAUGGAUAAGCUUUUCAGCUAUCUUAAGCUGGGAUAUGGAACCUCCUGGACUCUGAGCAGUUCCGCCCUUACUGAGGUAGAUGGCGGCAAACACCAUGGAGUUGGAGAGGGAGGCGAUACGGCAAACGCUACGAGCUCACACAAGCGCCCAACCAACGCCACUUCUGGCCACUUCUUGAUAGGGCUAAAGGGUGAUAUCGAUGGAGCCGAGAUGCCAGUUGAGCAAGAAGAUUCUAGCUCUCCAGGUCCGACAGAAGUUGGGGACACCAACCCUCGAAUUCUUCUCCGCACCUUGACCGUUGAGCUCGACGCGGAGGCGGAGGAUCGCCCAGAAUCUCGGACUGUCAAGGAUCUCGGCAGACAAGAUGCGGCGCCGGCUGUGCGGAACGUCGGCUCUGAGGGUAGCGUCACCGCGGCUGCUGGGGGGAAUUUUGACAGCCAGGACGUCAACAAGAUCAAAAAACUUCGCGUCGUCGUCUACGUCAACCAGCCAUUUAUGUUUGUGUUCUUGUUUCAGCUCCGCACCGAGUCGCUGUCUUGGGAGAGCUUCUACCGGUCCCUACACUCCCAGCUGGUACCUGUUCGCAAACCGCUGCUGACCUCGACGGCCUACCGGCCAGGCAAGCCCGACGUGGGCUCUUCGGUGUCCGCGCAGAUCCACGACCUGGUCUGGGAUCCCCAGUCCCUCACCAUCCACUCUACGAUACCCAACAUCCCCGAGCCGGCAGCCCUCCCCGGUGUCCCAUACAUAUGGUCCCGGAUCGAGGCCCUCAACACGCACAAUCAGAUACUUAAUAUGUUCAUGAGCACGCGCGAGGAUCUCUCCGAGUUUGAACGCACCUGUAAGACGAGCCGAGGUUGGUGGGUUGUCUGGAACCGCAUCCUCGAACAGGCGCCGCCUCGCGACGUUAAGGGUCGAGGUGUAGACCGGCAGGAGACGCUGGAGAGAAGAAGAUCAGAUGAGUCAGAAGUGGAAGACUCGGAUGGGCUCGACGAGGACGAUCAACACGAACAGCGACUCACGCCUAGGCAGGAGCUCGUUGUUAGUAAAGAAAUAUUCUUAAUCCGAAAGGCAAGCGACCACGCUAGCGCUGGCGGGGUGAGAGGCGUCAGCGCCUCGUACAUCGUUCCCGGCGCAGCUGCGGGCGGGUGGGCUGAUGGCGCCAGCCGCCUGGCUCAGGGCAUCGGCGUGGACACGCGGAGGUAUAUUGAAGGGCUUCUUAGCAUGAACAGGUGAAUAUCUCUAGCCGCACGCGCGCUGCAAUUUAGUACCCACAAGUACAUACAUUGCUUCAGUCUAAAACAGGCCCGUGGCUGGUCACAAUCCAGCGGCGGAGAAGAGAGAGGGAUGAAAUCUCGGUCCUAGAAUACAUCUUAACAACAAGGGAGGAAAUAGACAGCUGGCAUAGAUAGCAUCUAAGUAGGUACUGUAGGGUAGGUUUGUAACGAAUGAGACCCCAACCGGUUGGAGAUAUUCUCUGCAUUCCUCGCUAUUCGCCAUGGGUACUUUAUGUAAAGGGUUCUGGAGGUGACACUCAUGAUCUCAGUCCUAUGUUGGUUUCAGAAUCACAGGUUAA